AAUGCCAUAAAUAUUUACCCUCUUUUGAUGGAAAGUGCAGGCAGACGCCUCGUCCGCCCAGCAACACCAUAUAAAGCAGCUGCAAAAAAAUUAAAUGCACACCCGGAGCGCUCUUAAUCAGCUGCAUCUGCUUGCAUAGGAGACAGAGACGAAAAAUGGAAAAGCCAGGGGAGAAUUGUCAAAAUCAGGGACGAGAGACCCUUUCGGAGCCUCCACCUUUUGAAUUUGACCUGCCGCCAAUCAACAACCAGCAAGUUCACGAAGUGGUCAUCAACGAGCUCUUCAUCAAACUGCGUCUCCUGGAAAUCAAACUCCGACAGAUGCAGCAUUUCGAGGCAAAGAACGAGGGCCACCUUGCUUUGACGAUGGCCGAGAACAAGAAGCUGCUUGGGGAGAACAGCUUGCUGCGCCUCGAAAACAUGGCCAUCGGUGCCCAGGCCAAGUCAUUGGCCACCUCAGCAGCGGUUGCCAACUCGACCUGCCAACGCCUGCAGGAAGAGGUGCUCGCCCUCAGGGUGUCCUUGGAAAGGGCCAACCACCUCAGGUUGCGCGUCCAGGAGGAGGCCAACGAACUCAGGUCCAAAUUCGAGGUGGCGCUCCAGGUGCAGGUCGUGUGCCUCAAAGGUGAGGACCAGGCGAAAGGUCAACUCAACGCCGCUCUUAAGGAGUUGGAGAAAUUAAAAGAGGAGUUGGCCAACAAGGAGAACCAUGAGAUGCUCACCAUCACCGCAAAACUUCAAAGUUUGACUGUUUGACAACGAGAGACUGAAAAAACCCUCACAUUUCUCACUUUCUCAUGUAGUCUGUGUGUCUUGUCUGUGACUUUUUUCUAAUAAACGGACCCUUU